AUGGUUAACCUCUCAACCAUGGAGCACAGCAACAGAAGACCUCCACACUGCUGGCCUCCGGUGGCUCCUUUCCUCCUCCUCCUCUUCAUCUUCACCCAGCAGCUCUACGCCCUCAUUGUGUCCCACGGCCAGUUGGUCAGCUCUACUGAGGCCAUCAUCAGCCCUUUCAACUUCUGCCUCCAGGGACCAGAUGUUGGAGUUACCUGUGAUGAUCAACACAACAACAUGGCUGCCACUGCUGGUGUAUUAGUGGAUAUCCUCAGGGUUCUGGUCAUUAUGAGCCUGUAUAUUCCACUAGUGCUGGUGCCCUUUGCCCUCAUGGCCUUUCUGUUUGCAGUCUGCUGUGAUGACAGAGGGCUGUUGUGGUUCAGUGUCAGCUGUCAGGCUGCUUCCAGCCUACUGAUGCUUGUGGGCCUCUGUGUGUUUGUGGGGCUCCACUUGAGCUAUGUGUCAUUCGCUGGUAUGACAGCAGGGUACUAUGUCUGUGUGUGUGUUAAUGCUGAGCUGGCUACAGCAGCUGUACUGACCUGGAUGACAGGGAGGCGGCAGCUAAGAGAUGAGAAGACAACUAACUAA